AUGAAGUGGACCUGGGUGCUGGCGGCGGUCUUGUUGUCCUUUGCCGGGAUCUCUAUGGGCAAGGACAGCUUGGACUUCCCCGAGUUCGACGGCAAGGACAGGGUCCACGACCUCAACGUGAAGAACUAUAAGUCCGUGAUGAAGAAGUAUGACGUCAUGGUGGUCUACUACCACGACCAUCCCGGAACCGGCCGCGUCGCCCAGAGGCAGUUUGAGAUCGAGGAGUUGUCCCUUGAGCUUGCAGCCCAGGUGCUGGAGGAGUUUGAUGAUGAAGACGUCGGGGUCGGACUGAUUGACGCAAAGCUUGACAAAGGUUUAGCAAAGAAAUUAGGCCUGGACGAGUCCGACAGCAUCUACAUCUUCACGGACGAAGAGGUCAUCGAGUACGACGGAGAGCUGGCCGCCGACACGCUCGUGGAGUUCGUCUUUGAUCUUCUAGAAGACCCGGUGGAAAUCCUUGACAACAAUCGGGAACUGAAAGGUUUUGCGAACAUCGAAGAGGACAUCAAAUUGGUGGGCUACUUUAAGAGUCACAAGUCAGAACAUUAUGAGGCCUUUGUUGAUGCCGCUGAAGAGUUCCAUCCCCACGUCAAGUUCUUUGCAACGUUCAAUCCCAAGGUUGCCAAGGCUCUGGAUCUGAAGCUUAACGAGGUCGACUUCUACGAGCCCUUCAUGGAGGACCCCGUCGUCAUCCCAGGAAAACCUUACACCGAGGAAGAGCUGGUGAAAUACAUCGAAGAAAACGACAGGCCGACUCUGAGGAAGCUGCAGCCCCACAACAUGUACGAGAUCUGGGAGGAUCAUGUUGACGGUGAACACAUCAUCGCUUUUGCCGAGGAGACUGACCCAGACGGCUACGAGUUCUUGGAGAUUCUGAAGGAAGUUGCCGAGGACAACACGCACCACCCCCACCUCAGUAUUAUCUGGAUUGACCCUGAUGACUUCCCCCUGCUUGUACCUCACUGGGAGAAGAUUUUUGGAAUCGACCUGUCCACCCCACAGAUCGGUGUUGUGGAAGCUGAUGAUGCGGACAGCGUGUGGAUGGACUUGGACGAUGAUGACGACAUGCCGUCUGCGGACGAACUGGAGGACUGGAUUGAGGACGUUCUGUCCGGGGAAAUUGAUCCUGAUCAUGACGAUGAAGAGGACGAUGACGAUGAUGAUGAUGACGACGACGACGACGACGAUGACGACGAUGAUGAUGACGAUGAUGACGACGAUGACGAUGAUGAUGACGACGAUGACGACGACGAUGAUGACGACGAUGACGAAGACGACGAUGAUGACGACGACGAUGAUGACGAUGAAGAGGACGAUGACGACGAUGAUGAUGACGACGACGACGACGAUGACGACGAUGAUGAUGAUGACGAUGAUGACGACGAUGACGAUGAUGAUGACGACGAUGAUGACGACGACGAUGAUGACGACGAUGACGAAGACGACGAUGAUGACGACGAUGAUGACGAUUAGUAAUGAAUUGAUCUAAAUCUGAGCAAUGCGGUUUCAAAUGCUAACAACAUCGACAGCAAACACAUCUUUGUAGGAUGUACAAUGCAACCCGCUUACGGUGAUACCCUUUACGUCCACAUGCAUUUGUCGACAUCCAAUUUGAACAUUUCUAUGAACAAUGUCGACAUGUGUUGUCAAUAUCGCUCAACAUAACUGUCCGAUGACACAGCAGUCAAACACACGCGGUCACUUCCUGUUCAGUGCCAAAUUAGCUGGAAAAUACCUAAUUGUAAUUAAAUUGUUUUAAAUUGUUCGACACUGGAUGAAAGAUUUGCAAUUGAAUAAA